GUAGGAAGCCAGGAUAGAUCAUAUGACUGGCGCUGUUCAUAACUGAAACCAAGUCGUCUACGAAACUUCAGCUGCCUUGAGUUUUUUCAAAAUUUAAAGUUUCGGGACAAUGGUGAUAGGAAGCUUUCCAUUGGGGAAAAUCUUUGUACAUGGAUUGAAGAGGGUCAGCAAGCCCAUCGGCAAUCUUCUAAUGUGGGCCGGCAAACACAAUCCCCACGUCCGGCGCUACAUCAUCAUCCCGCCGGCGCAGCUCUACAACAAAUUUGAGGUUCGCUGGAAGAUGCAGAUGCUGCGACUGAAGCAACCAAAGAGGGUUCCGCCUCUCCCUUCCGCGAUAGCAACCCAACUUGGCACUGAUAUGCUCAGCGAAGUCAUUGUGUUUAUCAUUGGUGGGGGAUUGAUCGUCCAUGAGUUCUCCCGGCAGCAGUUAAAGACGCGGAAGAAGCUCCAGGAGGAGAUGGAGCAGAGGAGAGUUCUGUUUGAGCAACUGGACGGCAUUAGUGCAGAUCUCGAGCAACAGGAUAAAGACAUUUCCUAUAUUAGGGCGGUUUUGAAUGGCAACAAAACUUAAAAAGUUAUAUGAAAUUUUUGUUAUCCCUUUUAGGUUACCACUCUUAUAAUUCAAAAUAUAUUUU